AUGGACACUCCAGCUCGACCUGACGACACGGAUGGCGGAGCCUCGCCCGUUGCAGCCGAUGUAGUGCCGCAGGACAAGCCAGCUUCGGCAGAUGUCGAGCCGACGACGGCGGUUGACAAUCUCCGGCACGAACACGACCGUGACCACGACCACGACCACGACCACGACCACGACCACGACCACGACCACGACCACGACCCCUUUGUGGACCCGGAGCACGAGGACGCGUCGGUGCUCGACAACUGCUGGGGCGAUUCCUCCACGCCCCAGCCGACAUCGUCCUACAUUCCCGCGGGCUCGUUCGACGACGUCACACCGCCGGCACCGACCUUGGACGCGUCGACCUCGACCGCUCAGACGACAACGACCACGGACGAGCUCGACCCUCCGAGCUCCCACACGAGCCUGACCAACGGCGACGAUCCAGAUUCCUGCCCAGUCGAAAGCUCAGAUGUACCAGCAUCAGCAUCACCGGCCGCACCGGCUUCACUUACCCCGCUCGUUACCCCUGAAGAAGCUGCAGCUCAAGUCGUCGCGUCGCGCGAGCAGGAACAACUCGAGGCAGCACCCGUCGCAGAUCUCGAGGUGCAGACAAGGGGUGAUGGUGAUGACGACGACGAAAUUCAGAUCGAGGACAGCGCACCGUCUUCUCUCGUGUCCCACCCCUCCGUCACGACACCUCGACCGUCCCGAACGAUGGUCGCUCCCUUCGGCUUCGAGCUCGAGCUCCACCACGGCAAUGUCGGCAGUUCGCCCGACCCGCUCGGCAUGACCCCCGUCGCUUCGUCUGCGAUCGCUUCUCGGCAACCGAGUCGACCCAGGUCACAGUCAUACACUUCAAGGCUCGGUCGCGCUGACUCGGAACCUUUGGAUCGGGCGUCAGCCUCGGCCCUAGCCACUCCGACAGCGGAGCUGUCCCCGGCCACGACCUGGCCGCACAGUUUUACCCUCGAGGUCGAGAACCGAUCGAUGAAACGAUCGACACCGCCGUGCCAUCCAUCGACGAGCCAGGACGAAAGAUUCCGCAGAGGUAAUUCUAUUCUGGCCGAAGUGCCUCCCUCGUCCCACGGCGACGACUCCGAAUCCGACGAUGAGCUGGGCCUUGCCCCACCUCCGAGGCAGGCGAGCAGUCUAGCAAGUCGUAAGGGCAAGGGCGUAGCAAACCCGAAACCGAAACUCAGUGCGAAGGGCAAGGGGAAGGCUGUUGUCAAACCUAGAGCGGAUACCGCGUCGCAAUCAGCGCAAACAUCCGUACGCAGGAAAUCGUCAUUCAGCAUCGAGGUCCCAUUCCAUGCGAGCCCCUCUCUCGCGACCCCUCGAGCUCGAGACACACCCCAUGUCGAUACUUUAGUCACCGCCCCGUCAUCCACUCAGGGAACUGAGGUAUCGCUGGCAACAGAAGCUACCCCUCUUUCUUCAGCGCGUGCUUGCGCACUACCACCGGCAAACAUCCCGUUAGCGGACAUCGGCUCACCACCAGUCGCUCCGUCUUCUGAUUUGACCGUUUUGCCAAGCUCAAGGCUGGGCACUCCCGAACCACCAGUCUCGAGUGAGGUCGCGCCGAUGGAGGUGGACGAGGUUGAUCAGCCUCGAGCGCCUUCGCCACCCGCAAUGGAGUCCGAAGCUGCGUCACAGUCCCAGAACGAAGCGGCGGGCACGAUCGUCUCGCCGAGCUCAUCCAUGCCCGCGCCCGUCUCAGCCCAAGCCCCUACCGCUCCUAAAACCACCACACCGCCACCUUCACCGCCAAAGAAACGUGUCCCGCGCGCUUUGAUCGAGCGACAAGCCUCUAUGCAGAGCUUGGCAAGCGGCUCGACUUCGAAGAAGCGACUGGAGGAUAGUGACUCCUCGGACGAAGACAUGCGUCCGCCACCGACAAGCUCAACCACCUUCCCCAAGACGAAACGGGUUCCUCGCCCCAAGCUCUCCCAGUCGCAAACAGGAUCCGUGAAAGGGAGAGAGUCGCCAAGGGUGGACAUACCGGCCAAACGAAGAGCACCCCCCCUGGCCAAGAGGAAGCUCGUGCAGCGUGCGUCGAGCUCUGACGAUGACGAGGAAGGGAAAGAGAACGGUCAGCAUGACGAUGAGUCGAGCGAUCUCAGCGAUCUCAGCGAGUAUGCCGAAAGUCCUCGCAAGAAACCUGUGAACAAGAAGCGGCGGAGCGAUGCAAAACCGCCUGGAACAAGCACAAUAGCCGGGCAAAAAAAGGGUAGCAAUACAAGUGGCCGAGCAGGAACGCAGAGCAAGGUCGCUACCACGACGGGGACGCAGCAAAAGUCUAAGAAGGAACGUAGUGCCGAGGACGAGGACGAGUCGAUGAAAGGUGAGUCCAGCAGGUGCUCAGUUCCUCCUAUCGAAGUAUCCGGCUGAUCAUGAUACCCUGCUUCCCCACAGACGCCGAAUCCCCAGCGACCACUCAACCGCCGAUGCCAUCGCAGAGCCAGCCCGCCUCGACUAAUCCUCUUGGAUACGUGCUUGCUCAAAUCGCGCCGCGGGAGACCGAGGACCAGCGCCGAAGCAAUUGGAACGUGCUGCGGCUUGACAACCUUGUCUGGACCCUCGUCGAAGCCGACAAUGGUGCCAGAUUUUGGUGGCCUGCCGAUGUGAGCCACCCGUCAGGAGGGAGUUCCGUGGCCCCCAAGGCAGACUGACCGUCUAACAUGUUCUUAUACAGAUGACGAGCCCUUCGAAGAAACCUCCACUAUUGUUGGCGUUGUUGCAGGACGACGAGCAGACCAUUUUGCAGCUUAAACCAACCGGAGCGAUCACGAUCGACGAUCCGCAGCCUACGAACGUUCUGACUUGGCGCACGGAAGGCAAAAUUAGAUUCGACAAGACGUCUUUCUGCGAACCAUCGACAAUCGAGGAUGCCAAAACGCCGUCGGUGACCGCGUUCGAAUCGGUAUUGAUGAAAGCUUGGGAACUCGAACAGAGACGAGCCGAGGACGAAGCUGCCGACGAGGAUGAAGAUGAGUCGGGGGAAGCCACAGUAAAGGCGAAAUCUCCCACGGGCGCGAAAGCAAGCAAGAAAGGACGCCAGAGCGUAUCUUCGUCGCCGCGCAAGGGCACGCCGAAACGGAGGAAGAAUGGGAAGAAAGCAACCAGUAAGGACUUGGACGACGAGAACGGGAGCAGUGAUGACGAGUUAUUGCGAGCCGAGGACGAAUCCGUUGGGUGAGUGUGCUUGUUCCGGCACCUCGUGUCCGAAGGAUUGGCUGACUCAUUUGCCCUACUUCACCGAACAGAAUCGACUUUCCGGCCAUUGCGUUGGGUUUCGCUGACCGAGCGUGGUGGGGAUGUCAAGUACUGGACUACACUCCUGCGCCUUCGCAAGGCCGUCAAGGGCAUCGAGCGAAGGGCAAGUUUUCGGUCGAGUUCAUCGACGGCAAGCUCAAGAACUUGACGCGCAAGCAAAUCAUACUGCCGAUUCAGGAAGAGUUCCUGACGGUCAAGGUCAGUGCAUCGCUGACAUCUCACUCGACACCGCAGCGCUGAUCCUGAUCACUUGGUCCCGCAGCUCGGCCAAUCCGUGCUUAACGUGAGCAAAAACUAUGAGCAGGAGCUGCGGCAGAACGUCGAUGGGUUCAAGGACCAGAUGCAAGCCAUCAUUGACGAGGAAUUUCCUCAAGCUAAGCACUGGAAUGAGGAGUAUCAUGGUGAGUCUCUGACGCUUUCGUUUCGUCUCGGAUACGCCGCUGAUCCGCCGUAACCGGUCUUCAGCUGGCGGCAAUCGACGAGUCCGACUUGCAAAAGAUGCAUUGCUCGGCGAGCUCACACCCGAGUACAUUGAGGCGGUUGUCGACCAGAUCAAACGAUGGGCAGCUGGCGAGGUGAGACGACACACCAGUCGGAUCGCGCUCAAGUAGCUGAUGGCCCCGUUGGCUUAACGUUUCUCAGGAUAACGUCCGGCGCAAAGGCUCCGAUCGCUACGAGGCCCUCAAUGAAACAGAUCGAUCUCGGUACAACGCCGAUGUGCUCUUACCUCUCGUGGUCCAACUACUCACAAUCGAUGAGCUUGAUAGUCGGGACGAAGGGAAGAAGGUUUUGAUGGAAGAGGAUGGGAUCGCUGAGCCGACCGAGGCUCAAAUCGAAGACAAGGCUUUCCAGUUGGCUCGGAGUCAUUUGGAAAAAGGGUCCAUCAUGAAAACAAGUGAGUGGGGAUCGAGGCGGGUGUGGGGCGUGGCCUGUCGCGCAAUGAAUUAA